CAGGAGGAGGAGUGUGUGAGUGUUACAAUUUCCUUAGUCUCACACUGAUCUGCCUCUGAGAGUGUGUGUGUGUUUGUGUGUGUGUGUGUGACGAGAGGACCAAGAUGCAGGCCAUCAAGUGCGUGGUCGUGGGAGACGGGGCUGUGGGGAAAACAUGUCUACUCAUCAGCUACACAACCAACGCCUUCCCUGGAGAAUACAUUCCGACUGUUUUUGACAACUACUCGGCCAACGUUAUGGUGGACAGCAAGCCGGUCAAUCUGGGCCUUUGGGACACGGCCGGCCAGGAGGACUAUGACAGGCUCCGCCCACUGUCCUACCCCCAGACGGAUGUGUUUCUGAUUUGUUUCUCCCUGGUGAGUCCUGCGUCUCACGAGAACGUCCGAGCCAAGUGGUACAUGGAGGUGCGCCACCAUUGCCCGUCCACCCCCAUCAUCUUGGUGGGCACCAAGCUGGACCUGAGGGACGACAAAGACACCAUCGACAAGCUGAAGGAGAAGAAGCUGUCGCCCAUCACGUACCCGCAAGGCCUCGCUCUGGCCAAAGACAUCGAUGCGGUCAAGUACCUGGAGUGCUCAGCGCUGAGUCAGCGAGGUCUGAAGACGGUGUUCGAUGAAGCCAUCAGAGCGGUCCUCAUUCCUCAGCCCCCCAAAGUCAAGAAGAAUACUUGCUCCAUGCUUUGAGGAAGUAAUAACACAACAUGCACUUUUAAAAGGUGCCGUGUUUUUACUGUAAUUAUUCUUUUUUUCAACAAUAUUGUACUGCAAGUUAGCUUUAAAGUGUUUUUAAAAAGCCGCUGAACACGUCGUUUUGGGUGUCUGUAGCUUUAAUGCUAAUGUGAUGUGUCGCCAACAUAAUGCUAGGUUAGUAAAGUUAUUAUAGCUAUGUGACCUACAUGCUAACAUUGCAUUUUAACAUCAUGCUAGGUUAGUAAAGUUAGUAUAGCUACGUGACCUACAUGCUAACAUUGCAUUUUAACAUCAUGCUAGGUUAGUAAAGUUAGUAUAGCUACGUGAGCUAUAUGCUAACAUUGCAUUUUAACAUCAUGCUAGGUUAGUAAAGUUAGUAUAGCUACGUGAGCUACAUGCUAACAUUGCAUUUUAACAUCAUGCUAGGUUAGUAUAGCUAUGUGAGCUACAUGCUAACAUUACAUUUUAACAUCAUGCUAGGUUAGUAUAGCUAUGUGACCUACAUGCUAACAUUACAUUUUAACAUCAUGCUAGAUUAGUAAAGUUAAUAUAGCUAUGUGAGCUACAUGCUAACAUUACAUUUUAACAUCAUGCUAUGUUAGUUAAGCUAGUAUAGCAAUGUGAGCUACAUGCUAACAUUACAUUUUAACAUCAUGCUAGGUUAGUAAAGUUAAUAUAGCUAUGUGAGCUACAUGCUAACAUCCCAUUUUAACAUUAUGCCAGGUUAGUAAAGUUAAUGUAGCUAUGUGAGCUACAUGCUAACAUUACAUUUUAACAUCAUACUAGGUUACUAAAUGUAAUGUAGCUAUGUGAGCUACAUGCUAACAUUGCAUUUUAACAUCAUGCUAGGUUAGUAAAGUUAGUAUAGCUACGUGAGCUAUAUGCUAACAUUGCAUUUUAACAUCAUGCUAGGUUAGUAAAGUUAGUAUAGCUACGUGACCUACAUGCUAACAUUGCAUUUUAACAUCAUGCUAGGUUAGUAAAGUUAGUAUAGCUACGUGAGCUACAUGCUAACAUUGCAUUUUAACAUCAUGCUAGGUUAGUAUAGCUAUGUGAGCUACAUGCUAACAUUACAUUUUAACAUCAUGCUAGGUUAGUAUAGCUAUGUGACCUACAUGCUAACAUUACAUUUUAACAUCAUGCUAGAUUAGUAAAGUUAAUAUAGCUAUGUGAGCUACAUGCUAACAUUACAUUUUAACAUCAUGCUAUGUUAGUUAAGCUAGUAUAGCAAUGUGAGCUACAUGCUAACAUUACAUUUUAACAUCAUGCUAGGUUAGUAAAGUUAAUAUAGCUAUGUGAGCUACAUGCUAACAUCCCAUUUUAACAUUAUGCCAGGUUAGUAAAGUUAAUGUAGCUAUGUGAGCUACAUGCUAACAUUACAUUUUAACAUCAUACUAGGUUACUAAAUGUAAUAUAGCUAUGUGAGCUACAUGCUAACAUUGCAUUUUAACAUCAUGCUAGGUUAGUAAAGUUAGUAUAGCUACGUGAGCUAUAUGCUAACAUUGCAUUUUAACACCAUGCUAGGUUAGUAAAGUUAGUAUAGCUACGUGAGCUAUAUGCUGACAUUGCAUUUUAACAUCAUGCUAGGUUAGUAAAGUUAGUAUAGCUACGUGAGCUACAUGCUAACAUUGCAUUUUAACAUCAUGCUAGGUUAGUAUAGCUAUGUGAGCUACAUGCUAACAUUACAUUUUAACAUCAUGCUAGGUUAGUAUAGCUAUGUGACCUACAUGCUAACAUUACAUUUUAACAUCAUGCUAGAUUAGUAAAGUUAAUAUAGCUAUGUGAGCUACAUGCUAACAUUACAUUUUAACAUCAUGCUAUGUUAGUUAAGCUAGUAUAGCAAUGUGAGCUACAUGCUAACAUUACAUUUUAACAUCAUGCUAGGUUAGUAAAGUUAAUAUAGCUAUGUGAGCUACAUGCUAACAUCCCAUUUUAACAUUAUGCCAGGUUAGUAAAGUUAAUGUAGCUAUGUGAGCUACAUGCUAACAUUACAUUGUAACAUCACACUAGGUUACUAAAUGUAAUAUAGCUAUGUGAGCUACAUGCUAACAUUACAUUUUAACAUCAUGCUAGGUUAGUAAAGUUAAUAUACUGUAGCUAUGUGAGCUACAUGCUCACAUUACAUUUUAACAUCAUGUUAAGUUACUAAAUUUAACAUAGCUAUGUGAGCGACAUGCUAACAUUGCAUUUUAACGUCAUGCUAUGUAAGUAAAGUUAAUAUAGCUAUGUGAGCUACAUGCUAACAUCCCAUUUUAACAUCAUGCCAGGUUAGUAAAGUUAAUAUAGCUAUGUGAGCUACAUGCUAACAUUACAUUUUAACAUCAUGCUAGGUUAGUCAAGUUAGUAUAGCUACAUGAGCUACAUGCUAACAUUACAUUUUAACAUCAUGCUAGGUUACUAAAUGUAAUAUAGCUACGUGAGCUACAUGCUAACAUUACAUUUUAACAUCAUGCUAUGUUAGUUAAGCUAGUAUAGCAAUGUGAGCUACAUGCUAACAUUACAUUUUAACAUCAUGCUAGGUUAGUAAAGUUAAUAUAGCUAUGUGAGCUACAUGCUAACAUCCCAUUUUAACAUUAUGCCAGGUUAGUAAAGUUAAUGUAGCUAUGUGAGCUACAUGCUAACAUUACAUUGUAACAUCAUACUAGGUUACUAAAUGUAGUAUAGCUAUGUGAGCUACAUGCUAACAUUACAUUUUAACAUCAUGCUAGGUUAGUAAAGUUAAUAUACUGUAGCUAUGUGAGCUACAUGCUCACAUUACAUUUUAACAUCAUGUUAAGUUACUAAAUUUAACAUAGCUAUGUGAGCGACAUGCUAACAUUGCAUUUUAACGUCAUGCUAUGUAAGUAAAGUUAAUAUAGCUAUGUGAGCUACAUGCUAACAUCCCAUUUUAACAUCAUGCCAGGUUAGUAAAGUUAAUAUAGCUAUGUGAGCUACAUGCUAACAUUACAUUUUAACAUCAUGCUAGGUUAGUCAAGUUAGUAUAGCUACAUGAGCUACACGCUAACAUUGCAUUUUAACAUCAUGCUAGGUUAGUAUAGCUAUGUGAGCUACAUGCUAACAUUACAUUUUAACAUCAUGCUAGGUUAGUAUAGCUAUGUGACCUACAUGCUAACAUUACAUUUUAACAUCAUGCUAGAUUAGUAAAGUUAAUAUAGCUAUGUGAGCUACAUGCUAACAUUACAUUUUAACAUCAUGCUGUUAGUUAAGCUAGUAUAGCAAUGUGAGCUACAUGCUAACAUUACAUUUUAACAUCAUGCUAGGUUAGUAAAGUUAAUAUAGCUAUGUGAGCUACAUGCUAACAUCCCAUUUUAACAUUAUGCCAGGUUAGUAAAGUUAAUGUAGCUAUGUGAGCUACAUGCUAACAUUACAUUGUAACAUCAUACUAGGUUACUAAAUGUAAUAUAGCUAUGUGAGCUACAUGCUAACAUUACAUUUUAACAUCAUGCUAGGUUAGUAAAGUUAAUAUACUGUAGCUAUGUGAGCUACAUGCUCACAUUACAUUUUAACAUCAUGUUAAGUUACUAAAUUUAACAUAGCUAUGUGAGCGACAUGCUAACAUUGCAUUUUAACGUCAUGCUAUGUAAGUAAAGUUAAUAUAGCUAUGUGAGCUACAUGCUAACAUCCCAUUUUAACAUCAUGCCAGGUUAGUAAAGUUAAUAUAGCUAUGUGAGCUACAUGCUAACAUUACAUUUUAACAUCAUGCUAGGUUAGUCAAGUUAGUAUAGCUACAUGAGCUACAUGCUAACAUUACAUUUUAACAUCAUGCUAGGUUACUAAAUGUAAUAUAGCUACGUGAGCUACAUGCUAACAUUACAUUUUAACAUCAUGCUAGGUUACUAAAUGUAAUAUAGCUACGUGAGCUACAUGCUAACAUUACAUUUUAACAUCAUGCUAGGUUAGUAAAUGCGACGUCUGCUGGAAUCCCACACAACAUGAUUUUUUAAUUAGCUACACCUCUGUGAACGUCACAUAAUGUUCCAUUUUUGUAAAGUACUUAAGCAUCUGCGUUAGGAACUUACCUUCACAUUUAUAAACCCUUAUCGACUUAAAACGGUGAACAAAGGUAAAAGUCAUGGAGGUCACAGACAUGCUAAUAAUGUCAGCCAGCCAAAGUGUUUGAUAAAUGUGUGUUGUUUGUUGUGAUUAAAAUACACA